UUUUUGUUGUUAUUUUGUCUACAAUAUAUGAGAUACUCUAUAUUCUUUGUUUGUUUUCAAUUCGUAAGCUAAUGGCAAAAAGUAAUUGUUAUAAAAUUAUGUUCGUUAUGGGGGUAUUUGAUAUGGCAGGACUUUUAUUUGUUGGAUUUUUAACCGGAUAUUUGGGAUAUUUCGGAUAUGUUUUUUGUUCUUCUCCAAAAUUAAUUUAUUUUGCUGGAGCAUAUGGAUGUUGUAUGUGUUUUUAA